CUUCACCACUGCCGCUUUUGUAGCUGUUGCAAGUUAGUCAGCAAAAAUGUCGUCUCAGCUGGUUUGGGAGUGCAUCAAGGGCCACAACAGCAAGCUGCGCAAGGCCGCCAAGGGCAUUGUGUUCAGCGCUGAGGCCGGCAACCUGUACAACAAGCACAGCUACAAGUACUCGGGCCUGGUGAACGCCAAGACCGUGGACGUUGCCGCUGAUGGCGAGGCCGUCAAGCUGACCGUGGGCCGCGUGAAGAACGCGAGCAAGCCCAGCGUGUCCAAGUUCAGCAUGACCAUGAAGAAGCACAGCCGCGGCGUGUGCGCCGCCGUGGGCAAGCAGGUGUCCAGCUACCGGCCAGACCUGAAGGCCGCUGCCCAGGCCCGCGCCGCCGCCGUGCACAAGAGCAUCCGCGUUGCCCGCGCCAACAAGAAGUAAAUGGAUCGUGGCAGCCAGGAGCAGAGCUGUGUGGGCUGCGGCUGCCGCGGCCGGCGCUGCGCGCUGUCGAGGCGGGCGCGCUUAGGCUGAGGGAGCUGGCGGCGUGUGUGGGGUGUCGCAGGAGGCGGGUGCCUCGGCACCGGAAUGUGUAACCGCUGAGUUCG